UACCAAAAACAAUAUAUUAUAAUGUCGCACGUUACAUUAAUAUCAAGAAACUGCUUACAAAAUUAUAAAAAAAUGAAUGCCAACGAAAGGCGAAAGGAAUAAUGCAUACAAUUUUUUACUUCUAUUUUCAGUGUACUUAACCACGACAACUCUGCUAUUUAUCUCUAUAGCUUUUUUGUUUACUUCGUUAUUUAUUCGUUUUCUUUAAGGCCAGCUGAUAUUUAUGUAGUCAUUGGAAAAUUUACAAACAGAAGUACUGGAAUUAAUUUAAUUAAGUGUAAAGUUAUAUUUUAAGUCCCUAAACAAUGGCUGACUACGAACUAAUGAACGAGCCCUCGCAAUCGCAAUCAUGGUGGCGUGUAGCAGCCUUAAUGGCACUUUAUAUGCUUACCACAAUAUUGGUGUUUCUAUUGUGGAACUCCGCUUACCAUACUAUAUACUAUCCACCCGAUGUGCAAGCUGUACCCGAUUUCUGGUAUCGUCGUGCCAACCUGUACGCUAACAGUGUGCAUGAAAGUACCCUCUCACAUGAUUUCCGUUUGGUAAAAAAUCAAUCGGUACGUAUAAAAUCGCAACAUCCUGUUUAUUCAACAGAUGCUAGCGGUCAACAGCAACCACAAGCGGCACAAAAGGUGAAACCCAAUGCACCACAAUUGGUGAAGAAUGCCCCACCGACAAUGAGUACCGAGCCCGUAGUGCGUUUAGUGUGUUACUAUUCAGUGCCUGAUCCCGAUAACGAAUUCGAUGAUUUGCGUUUAGCUAAUGUAAAUGCUGACCUUUGUACUCACAUCAAUAUCGGCAUGGUUAGUGUAAAUAAUGGUCUAUUAGUCAUUGGCAACAAUUUGCGUCGCAUAUUAUUGCAAGAUGUGACCGUGUUGCGUACAAUAAAUCCAGCUUUGAAGUUCUUGUUGUGGAUAGGUGGUGGCGCGAAUAGUGAUGGUUUUCCGGCAAUGGUAAAAAAUCAUACUACGCGCAAGGCCUUCGUGCAUUCGAUGAAGCAAACUUUGGCUAUGUAUAAGCUAGAUGGCAUUGAUUUGGAUUGGGAAUUUCCCAGCGCUUAUAAUAAGGAGCGACAACAUUUUUCUCAAUUAAUUUAUGAAAUACGUCAGGAAUAUAAACGUGAACGGCGUGAUUACAUGCUUACAGUCGCGGCAGCUGCGCCUGAAGGUAUAGCCGUAUUCGCUUACGAUGUGCAAAUGCUAAACCAGUAUGUGGACUAUGUGAGUGUGAUGUCAUAUGAUUAUCAUUUUUACUCACAUGGUACGCCUUUCACAGGUUUGAAUGCACCGUUAUAUGCACGUCCAAAUGAACGCUCAUUACUUGGCACCUUAAAUAUAAAUUAUUCAGUUAAUUGGUGGUUGGCUAAUGGUUUAGAUCGCAAAAAGUUAAUCGUAGGUUUGCCGACCUAUGGACACUCAUUUACCUUGGUAAGCGCUCUAAACUAUGCCAUCGGUGCACCUGCAGAUGGCAUUGGACGCUGUGGCAGUCUGGGUUUCACCUCCUAUUCGGAGCUUUGCUGGUUCAACACACAUAAUAUAGUGUUGCAUGAAGAGUAUGAUCACUCUACUUGCUCGCCUUAUCUUAGUAGCAGCACCGAAUGGAUUUCUUAUGAAAAUGAGACCAGCAUCGCCUGUAAAGCACUCUAUAUUAAGAAUCAUCAACUUGGUGGCGCUAUGAUAUUCUCUUUGAAUACGGAUGACGUAAAAGGCUAUUGUCCACGUGCAUAUAAAACGAAAUUCCCUCUCGUGGAAACUGUUAAAUCAAUUUUAUUUAGUAAAAGCUGAACAUUUGGUAAGAGUUUGUGUGGUAUAGUCAAAUUGUGUUAAGCAAAGUGAUAUGUAAUUCCAAUGAGCACAUAUAUGCUUACAGCCAUAAUCGGCGCAACAGCGCGUACUUGUUUAGUGUAUA